GUAACUCCGUGCGUAAAAGCUGCCCCUUGGAUGCGCUCUGCCUCUCACCGAAAGUAUUCCUGGAAAUGCAUUUUUAAUCAUCAACCUGCUCACGGUUGAUGUUUCAAAGCAUUACUGUGGCUCUUAGUCAUUAAUUUUUUUUUCUUAAGUGUUUUCUUUUUAUUAUUUUUUAUUCCAAACGUGCCCGAUGCCUCCUGCAACCACUCGCUCCUGAGAGCGCUCGACAACGUGCAAAGCAAAUGAAGGCGAAUAAAGUGGGGAGUUAAUUGCCAAUGCUGGAUUUAAACGAAGGCAACAGAACACAAGCAGCGACACAGAUCCGCUCAAACUUAUGGCGUGAAGGGCCGGUUGCUGGCCUGCAUCACUCACAGCUAAUGGAUGUCUUUACCCACUAUGCCUACAACGACAGUUUCUAUGACAAUGCAACAUGGGGCUUCAACGAGACUGCUCAAGAGCAGAAGCACGCCUACAACUACUACGCCAUGCUGCUCACGCUGCUCAUCUUUGUCAUCGUAUUCGGCAACGUGCUGGUGUGCAUGGCGGUGUCGCGGGAGAAAGCCCUGCAGACAACCACCAACUAUUUGAUCGUCAGCCUGGCGGUCGCUGAUCUUCUGGUGGCUACGCUAGUUAUGCCCUGGGUCGUCUACUUGGAGGUGGUCGGGGAGUGGCGCUUUAGCAAGAUCCACUGUGACAUCUUUGUCACUCUUGACGUGAUGAUGUGUACCGCCAGCAUCCUCAAUCUGUGCGCCAUCAGCAUUGAUCGUUACACAGCAGUUGCAAUGCCUAUGCUGUACAACACCCGCUACAGUUCCAGAAGAAGGGUGACGAUCAUGAUCUCAGUGGUGUGGGUGCUCUCUUUCGCCGUAUCCUGUCCUCUUCUCUUCGGGCUCAACAAUACAGCCACUCGGGAAGCGUCGCUGUGCGUGAUCGCCAACCCCGUCUUUGUGGUGUACUCCUCCAUCGUGUCCUUCUAUGUUCCUUUCAUCAUCACCUUGCUGGUUUACGUGCAAAUCUACGUGGUGCUGAGGAAGCGAAGGAAGCGGGUCAACACCAAACCUAAGCAACGUUUGGGUCCGGCCGCCGUUCCUGAUGUGGCCACGUCACUCAAGGAGUGCACUCACCCGGAAGAUGUGAGGUUGUGCACGAUGAUUGUCAAGUCAAACGGGAGUUUCCCCGCCAACAAGAAGAAGGUGAUAUUUAUUAAAGACGUCACCAACAAGGGUGACGAUUUAGAACUGGACGAGCUCAACAGCGGAAGCAGCAGCCAUAAACAGAAGCCGCAAUGCGCCCUGGGAGACACUCCGGCCACGAGUCACCAGCGGCUGAUGCCAGCCAAGGCCAACGCAAGCCCAACUUCCUCACCCCCGACGCCUCCGGAGGAAAGCCAGAAAGCGGAGAAGAACGGAGACCCCAGCAAGGAGGCCUUGGGAGAUCCCACACAAAUGGUGGCCAAAGUCUUCCAGACGCAGACGUUACCAAACGGCAAGACGCAAACAUCGUUGAAAAGCAUGAGUAAGAGGAAGAUCUCCCAGCAGAAGGAGAAGAAGGCCACGCAGAUGUUAGCCAUUGUCCUCGGUGUAUUCAUCAUAUGCUGGCUGCCAUUUUUCAUAACUCACAUCUUGAACACCCAUUGCACAAAAUGCAAAGUUCCCGCCGAGAUGUACAAUGCCUUCACAUGGUUGGGCUACGUUAAUAGCGCUGUGAAUCCCAUCAUCUACACUACUUUCAACGUCGAGUUCCGAAAGGCGUUCAUAAAAAUUUUGCACUGCUGAAACGCGGCGAAGCUUUUUUUCUUCUUUUUUUUUUACGCUGAAGGAUGAACACAAAUAUGUGGCUGGGCAAAUACCUCAUCUUGGAAAGGACCGCAAGAGGUAACGGAAAUUUCAUUUUCAAAGUCAGGGAGCUAAGUGACUGAUGAAGAGAUUUUUUUUUUUCCGUUGGACUCAUUUAAGGAGUGUGUUUUUUUUUCUCUCUCUCUCCGAAACUCUGAAUGUAAAACAAGAAAUGUCUGUAACAACGGCUUGUUUGGCAAAGACAAAUGUACCUUGUUCUCCAAAAAAAACGAAAAACAUUGUGCUUGUCCCCGUGUACUGUAUUCACUGCACACACAAAAUUGCUAUUUAUUGUGUGUAUUUCUCGUUUCUAAAAAAUAUAUAUAUACAUAUAUGUAUAAAAUCAGUGUUCAUUUUCAGUGUUCAAUCAAAUAUGUGAGCUCUAUAUUCUGAAAACCUAUUUGGAAUGUGUGUUCAUGGCAAAAGACUCUUUAUAGUUCUUGCUGUAUAUCGUGGCUAUGCCAAUAACCACACGAUUGCAAUUUUAUAAAUUGGAAUGUCAUAUUUCAUUUAUUAUCAUUAUUAUCAUUUGUUGUAAAUAUGUUUUCCUAACACAUUUAUUGUGUUUAUAUUAUAUAUGCCUGCGACGGAAAUGUGAUGCAUGCUACACUGUUUCUCUACUCGGCUUCCCAUGAAAUGUAUCUGUUCAAUUGAAAAAGACAAAAAGAUGUCCAAUAAACAGUGAGACACUGUCAAGUGCCAUUUGAUCAA